GUGUCACCUUGCUGAAUCUAGCUGGCAGUCUUGCAGUGGAGAAGCAGGGGCACUUAUAACAGUAACAAGUGUCCUAGCUGGGAACCAUAAAACACCACAGCCAUGGCAGCAUCAGGGACAAAGCCCAAAACCUCUCCAAAAUCUGUAAAGUUUCUUUUCGGCGGUUUGGCUGGAAUGGGGGCCACAGUGUUUGUCCAGCCGCUGGAUCUGGUGAAAAACAGAAUGCAGCUGGCAGGACAGGGGUCCACAGCUCGCGAGUACAAGACCAGCUUCCACGCCUUGGCCAGUAUCCUUAAGAAUGAGGGCCUGGGGGGAAUUUACACAGGUCUUUCUGCUGGUCUGCUCAGGCAAGCCACGUACACCACAACAAGGUUAGGCAUCUACACUGUGCUCUUUGAACGCAUGACCAAACCAGACGGCACCCCACCAAACUUCCUCAUGAAGGCUCUGAUUGGCAUGACCGCUGGGGCCACUGGAGCGUUUGUGGGAACCCCUGCAGAGGUGGCCCUCAUCCGCAUGACCGCAGACGGACGUUUGCCUCCGGAUCAGAGGAGGGGUUACUCCAAUGUCUUCAAUGCUCUUGUCAGGAUCAGCCGUGAGGAAGGGGUCACAACACUUUGGAGGGGUUGUAUACCUACCAUGGCGCGUGCUGUGGUGGUGAAUGCUGCUCAACUUGCUUCAUACUCUCAGUCCAAGCAGGCUCUGAUGGAUUCAGGAUAUUUUGUAGAUGGCAUCUUCCUCCAUUUCUGUGCCAGUAUGAUCAGUGGGCUUGUCACCACUGCAGCCUCCAUGCCUGUAGAUAUUGUCAAGACCAGGAUCCAGAACAUGAGAAUGAUCGAUGGCAAGCCGGAGUACAGAAAUGGACUGGACGUGCUGGCUACAGUGAUCCGUAAAGAAGGCUUCUUCAGCCUGUGGAAGGGCUUCACCCCAUACUACGCUCGGCUGGGUCCCCACACGGUCCUCACCUUCAUCUUCCUGGAGCAGAUGAACAAAUACUACAAGAUCUAUUUCCUUGACUCGUAGAAAUGUGCCGUGAUUGGUGGGGCCACGCCGCAGGAGAGCACAGUCACAGUGGUGAGGGGCUUAUAAGGGGAGGUGUACCCACUUGCUUCACAUCUAUUGGUAGAGUAGUAAAUUGAACAUUUUAUAAACAUUGGUUUACUUUAAAGGUCCUGAUAGCAACGGAUGAGGUACGGUUGAAUAACCGGCCUUCCAGAAAUUGAUUGUGCACCACUACAACUUAGAUGCACCCUAAACUGACUGCACUUAAGCGGUUACCACCCAAAUGACCUCAUUUCUGUUGGGGCUAACCAUAACAGGUCAUUCAAAAUGCAAAACACGCUAUAUUCAUUUAGACAUUUUAGAAAUCUGACUUCUCUUCAGAGUUACUUUGACAGUAUUUAUUUCUUGCAGGAACAUCUUGAUCUUAAAGAACUCGUGUAGUGUUGACAUAAAUGAACAUGUACUGCCAGAAUGCUUUAAGACAAACGCAUAUGAAACUCUGUUAAACUCAAAGUCUCUCCAUAACUGGAGUAACGUGUCAUUUAAAAAGCACACACCCAUACACAUUACUGUGAACUUGUUUAAGCUUGUUUGAUCAUGGUGAUUUUCAUUAUGGUGCUUGUCCUGUGGCUUUUGAUUAGUCAAAGCCACAAGAUGUUUGUACCUGCUUGGUACUCACCUGUUUGGAAAAACAUCUUGCUUAUAUAUUCAUCUCUUGUGUGUCCUGGUGUAAAAUCUGAGUUGGGACGUUGGGUGGUCUUUAAUUGCAACAAACUUGUCCUCAGUUAUUCCUGACAUUGCAAACCAAACUAAAUUUGAUUGAGCAGAGAUCAGUGUCUCCAAAUACAAGACACAUCAGUGGUCAGAUCCAAUGACUAUAAAAGUUGUGUCCAGUCAUUGCUGUGAUCAAUUUGACCGCUGAAAUAUGUACACUUGCAGUUGUUGGACUUAAUAGAAGUCACUUCGGAAUUGUUACCUAUGAAUUCCCUGUCGUAGUUCAAUACACUGCCAGCAAUUUGGAAAUAAAAGCCAGUAUCGAAUUCCAUAUUAUUACUGAGAUGCUUAUCAUGAAGCACCACUAUUGUGUUAAAGGAUUUAUGUCAGUCAGUUUGUUAUCACUACUGUUACAUUUCAAAAUACAGUGAAUGUUUAGUAGUGAUUGUAGGCCCCUCAAAAUAGAGACCUCUUUAUAACCAUUGCACACGCUAAAGGCUCUUGGAUACAGAGUGACUGUGGUCAAACAUAUUAAUAAAAUGGUUGCAUAGGAUCAUGAUGACUAUAAUGUAAUAUCAUUUACACAAACAAGAAUCUUCUGAACCUCCUUUUUUACUCAAAAUUAUGACAUAAUAAAUCCCCUGUUUAGCCGUAUUGUGAGUUUUUAUUGUGUUUCACCACCAACCUGUUCAUUUAUGUUAAUUUAUACAAACACACUGUUCAUUUUACUGUUCCCUACGACCAGAAAGAAUGCUGGGUUUUUUUUUUUUUUUCAGAUGUAAAACAUCUAUUCUGUGAUUCUGGUUAAAACACAAAAAAACAAACAAACAAAAAACAAACAAAAAUAAAUAUUUUUCUUUGAACGUCA